GCAAAGGAAUACCCGCAACUUUAGCAACAACACAAUUGUCGAGCAAAAAAUUAGGUCGUCCCCUUCUAACCUAGAAGACCAUCGAGGAAAGCGAGAACAGCUACAAUUGCAAAACUCACGUUGUGGCUUUAUUAUUCUUGUAGCCGACUGCAAACUUUAACUUACUUUUACUUCGUACUAAUAUACUCGAUUUCGAAUUGUCAAACACAACUACGAGCUCCAUAAUGAUUGUUCAUAAACCUCUGAAGAUGCUCUCGUCCUACUUGCGGGUCGUUGCGUUUUUGUUAUUGAUCUCCAUGCCCGCCACGCUUGCACUAGAUUUGCAGCGGUGCUUCGACCUUGCGACGGCGGUGCAGUAUCAUUGCCAUAAAAAUCCGCAGGACAAUAUGGAUGCCGUUCUGGUCGAGUACGUGGAAACCAAGACGGCGCCUGCAGGGGCGCCGGUGUACAAGCGGGAAGAAUGGGUGGAGAAACAUACGUCUAAAAAUGGCACUGUCCGCGAUCGCAUCAAGACGAUUGCCAAGAUUGGAAAACUGUUGGAGGCCAUCGCGACUGACGCGACGCAUGGACUUGAGGAAUACAGCGCGGCACUUCAACAGUCCGGCACAGCUGCUGCUAACCCUAGGCUUUGGGUGGAAGCCAAGAAACCUGUGCGCAGGCUGCAGGUUUCGCGGGACUGUUUGAACGCUCGGUCGGCACUGGUGGCGCGGGAGGAGUGCAAGGGGGUGCUCGAUGUGGUCCUUCCAAUGAGUGCGGGGGAAAAAAUCAGGCACGACAUCGGAGACGAUCGGUUAUUGAAGAUGAGACGCAUUAUCGUCCCAGCUUUACAAGAGUUCGAAAGAUUAAAGGCUGGGUUCCGGAGUCGACCGAACGGAGCUGUUGAGGCGUCGCAAGAAGUUUUGGAAAAGCAAAGGCACCUUUUUGGUUCUCCGGUCGGCCGUGGCAGUGAGUCGGAUUCAGACAGGGAACGGGAACUGCAGGAAGCGCAAAAGUUGCGCGACUUCCGGCAGGGUGAGCGCAAGAAGUUCCUCGAGGAGCAGCGGCGCGCGGAAGCGAAAAGGAACCGAGAGGAGGCCGCGCGCCGGAAGCAGCUGGAAGAAAACGCGCUGCGCACCGCUUUCGAUGAGGCCAAAAGGGCAGGCGAACUACGCGCCCCCACGGCAGACGGGAACACGAGCCAGGCGGUGGACACACUAAAAGGCUCUGAAGUGCCAAAAGAGGUCCUGCAGCGAAAAUGUUCACCCCUGACCGACGAGGAAAAGCAGAAACUGCAAGUGGCCAACCAACUCCCCAUAUCAAAGUGAAAAAUCCCCCCUCCCCAUAUCAAAAUGGAAAUUGGUGAUGCUGAUUUGUGGCCGAAAACCUAUCACCUUUGUGUUGCAUAUAGAGUAAUAUGAGCCUUGUGGCGCAUCCUGCAGCCAGUCCGUCGCGCGCUUUCGACUACUUUAGUCCUGUUUGCCAUGCCCAACUGCUACCCUUCUGCAUUCCCGAACAGGCUAUAGAAAAUACCGCCAAGCACUUUCUGCAAGACAAGUCUGUGAUUUGUGGCCGCGAAUCAGCAUUAUAUAUAAGUUUUCACUUUCACAUUGGGGAGGAGGGAUUUUUCCUCACAAUACCCCAACGUGUUUAAGCCAUCUGGGAUGGGUCGGGAGGCCGAGGACCAACGUCAUGGCCGUGGAUACUGGGCCUUUUUCCGGGAUGCGUGGCUUUCUGCUGAACUAGUCGAAAUCGAGAACGAUGAAGGAACACGCAAGAUUUCACAUGGGCAGGCGGUUGCCGACUAUAUC